AUGGUUAUUGGUGAUGGAACAGAGGAAGGAGAUGCCAAAUGUGAUAGUGCAAGAAUUAUUCUAAGACUACAUUAUAUCUAUCUCGUCCUGGUCGUGACUAAGUUACAAGCUUCUGGAAAAUCUAAAAGAGAUGGCUGGAGGACUGAGUUGCCUAGUGCAGGUUUAAGAGCGAUGGUCAUUGAGAAAAUGAAAGAAGAGAAACAAAAAGAUGCGACGUGGCAGGGCAAAUGUUCUGGUACAGUCUACAUUGGAGGGAACGAAUAUGAAGGGCACUUUUCUUUGAUAAAUGAGGCAUGCUCAAUGUUUGCACAUACCAAUCCUCUGCAUCUGGAUGUAUUCCAGAGUGUUGUAAGAUUUGAAGCAGAAGUUGUUGCAAUGACAGCUGCACUACUUGGAAGUAAGGAAAAGACUUCAGGAGGUCAAAUUUGUGGAAAUAUGACAUCAGGAGGAACAGAAAGUAUAGUGUUGGCUGUGAAAGCCUCACGUGACUAUAUGAAAGCUAAGAAGGGGAUCACUAGACCAGAAAUGAUAAUACCGGCUUCUGCUCACUCAGCAUAUGACAAGGCGGCCCAUUACUUUAACAUUAAAUUGUGUCGGGUUCCUGCAAACAAAGAUUUUCGAGCUGAUGUUAAAGCUAUUAAAAGGCAUAUCAACAGGAAUACUAUAUUGAUUGUUGGAUCAGCACCUGGCUUCCCACAUGGGAUCAUUGACCCAAUUGAGGAGCUUGGUGAAUUAGCAACUACUUUAAGUAUUUGCUUUCAUGUUGAUCUCUGUCUUGGUGGAUUCGUAUUACCUUUCGCCAGGAAGCUUGGGUAUCCUGUACCACCAUUUGAUUUCUCUGUUCAAGGAGUGACCUCAAUAUCUGUGGAUGUACACAAGUAUGGGCUGGCCCCCAAAGGAACAAGUGUAAUUUUAUACAGGGACCAUGACAUUCGGAAGCAUCAAUUUGUUGCUGGUGAGUUAGUAGUAUUUCUUUUCCCUGAAGAGUUUUUCUCUGCCUUUUAUGUGUGUGAGUGCUAUUUUAUUGAGGCCUGGGGGUGUUACUGCUCCUAG